CUUACGCACCGCAGCGCCUUUUUUUUGGUUCUUUCGUGUAACUUCGUGAGGUCGAUCCGUCACCAUGCAGGCAAAGAAACAAAAGCCACAGAUCCAGUCCGUUCAGGUCUUCGGACGCAAGAAAAGUGCCACAGCGGUCGCUUACUGUAAACAAGGAAAUGGAGUCAUGCGGGUGAACGGACGUCCUCUGGAGCUAUUUGAGCCCCGUGGUCUUCAGUACAAACUCCAGGAGCCGAUACUCCUGCUUGGCAAGGAGAAAUUUGCUGGAGUGGAUAUUAGGGUCCGAGUUAACGGAGGAGGACACAUCUCGCAAAUUUAUGCCAUAAGGCAAUCAAUAGCUAAAGCGUUAGUCGCAUAUUACCAAAAAUAUGUUGAUGAAGCAAGCAAAAAGGAAAUUAAAGAAAUCCUUAUCACAUACGAUAGGACACUUUUGGUCGCAGAUCCUCGGCGAUGCGAACCGAAAAAGUUUGGUGGUCCGGGUGCCCGUGCUCGAUACCAAAAGUCUUACCGUUAAUAUUCAAAAACUUUUUUUUUCUUCAAUGUUAUUGAAUAAAAACUUUUAACAAAACUAA